AUGGCGUCGCCGUCGUGCGCCUCCUCCACGCUGCCCUGGACCUCAGCGUCCUCCUCGCGGCCCUCGGCAGAGCGCCGCCUCACGGCCUCUCGCCGGGCUCCGUCGCUGGUCAUCGUCGCCCAGGGGAAGGUCAAGAAGUACCGCCAGGUCAUACUGACAGACGACAUAGAAGCGGUGGGGAAGAAAGGAGAUACAAUGAAGGUGCGAGCUGGAUUCUACCGCAACUUCCUCCUUCCCAAGGGCAAGGCUACGCUUCUAACCCCAGAAGUCCUCAAGGAAAUGCAGCUAGAACAGGAGAGAAUAGAAGCUGAGAAGAAGCGGGUAAAAGAAGACGCACAACAACUUGCCCGAGUUUUUGAAACCAUCGGGGCUUUCAAGAUUCCUCGCAAAGGUGGAAAAGGAAAACAAAUCUUUGGGAGCGUCACAGCACAGGAUGUUGUUGACAUAAUAAAGUCACAACUUAACAGGGAUGUCGACAAGAAGCUGGUGACAGUUCCAGAAAUCCGUGAAAUCGGAGAGUAUGUUGCAGAGAUCAAGCUUCACCCGGAUGUGACAGCUCGAGUAAGGCUGAAUGUUUAUGCGAAAUGA